AUGGAUAGUGGUGCAAGGAAGCGGCCUCGUACUCGUAGUGUAAUCUGGAAUUACUUGGAAAAGGACAUAAAGGCUCCAAUGAAAGCAAAAUGCAUGAAGUGUAUGGAAAAACUUCAGUGUUCCAAGAAUACUUCAAAUCUAUUUAAACAUCUAUGUAAGAAGCACCCUCUUGAAUAUGAUAAUGCAAUGGAAGAAAAAGAAGCUCAUGUCCCUGUUAACCCUACGGCAGCAGUUAAGCAACCUUCAAUACAAGAAACAAUCCAGAAAACACUACAAUACCCUCAUGACUCAGAAAAGGCUAAAUUGCUUGACAAACACCUAAUCAAUAUGAUAACAAUUGAUAUGCAGCCGGCAUCAAUUGUUGAGGAUGAUGGCUUUAGAAAAUUUGUGAAAGCUCUAGAUGGGUGCUAUAACUUACACAGUGGGCGCAAAAUAAUGAGAGAAAUGCUACCAAAGAUGUAUAAUGAAACUAGAAUAAAGUUAGCCAAGCUCCUUGAUGAGGCCAAAUCUGUCACUAUUACUACAGAUAUCUGGACAUCCCGGAAAACCCAAGCAUUCAUAUGUUUCACUGGUCAUUUUAUUACUUCCAGUUGGAUACAUAAGUCUGUAAUUCUUGAAACAGCACAACUUACCCAGGAUCACACUGCAGAGAUGAUCCGUUCUGAAAUUGAACGGGUUGCAAAUGAAUGGAAAAUCAGUGAAAAAAAUCUCUUAUAG